UCUCAACUACUGCAAAUGAUAGAAUUAAUCAAUUUUUCAAUAAUAAUGCAACAUUAACUUCGCAAAAUAAUUCCACAGCGGUGAUAAAUAUUGAGAAUUGUAAUGGCAUUCAUUUUGGGAUGAUAAUGAAUGUCGGCUUCAAUCGCACACCUGAUAAUGUUGAUAAACAAAUGAAACCUUUGAAUGUUGGUGAUGAACAGAAUAUUUACAUGAAAACUCCAACAAUAAAAGAAAUGAUGGAAAGCAAAGAACCUUUGUCCCCAAUCUUUCUGAAUAUUGUGUCUGAAGAGUUUGGUUCGAGGUGGAGAGAGUUUUUAAUCUUAUUACAAAUUGAUACAUUGUUUGUGGAUCGAAUGAGAGAAGAUCAUUUCGACAAAGGUGGAACCAGUGAAGUUGUGUAUCGAGUUUUAUCCAAGUUUUUUCAAGAAAAUUUCGAGAAGGCAAACAUUGGUUGGAUCAUUUCUUUCUUGUGGAAAAACGACUUUCGAAAGACUGUCUGGAAAAUCAAAGAAUCCUACAAGCAACUUAAAAAUUUGAAUAAUAAAACAUCUGAUUAAUGAUU